CCGGCCAGGCCCGCGGGGGUGGGGGCUCCGUCGUCCGCUCCCCGGCCAUGCGGAGGCGCCGAGCCGAAGCCCCCCCGCCCGUGCCAGGCAAACGGCAGUGCGGGGGGGGGGACCUCGAGUGAGGGGCCUCUCCUCGCUGCCCCGCCUCAGCGCCCACCCCGCGGGCCCCUCAACCAAAAUGGCGGCUCCGGCGACCCGCCCUCCGACCUUGCGCAAGCACCGCCCCUGCCGGUUGCAGCGCGUCCUUCACGCAUGCGCGGCGGCGGCGGGCGGCGGCGUGGGCGAGAUGUCGGCGCAGGGGGACUGCGAGUUCCUGGUGCAGCGGGCGCGGGAGCUGGUGCCCGAGGACCUCUGGGCCGCCAAGGCCUGGCUCAUCACCGCGCGGAGCCUCUACCCGGCCGACUUCAACAUCCAGUAUGAGAUGUAUACUAUCGAGAGGAAUGCAGAACGGACAUCGUCGGCGGGCAGGUUGUUGUAUGACAUAUUUGUAAAUUUCCCAGAUCAACCAGUGGUGUGGCGGGAGAUAAGUCUUAUUACAUCCGCUUUAAGGAAUGACUCUCAGGAUAAGCAGACUCAGUUUUUAAGAGAUUUAUUUGAGACUCUUCCUGGCCGGAUCCAGUGUGAAAUGUUACUGAAGGCCACAGAGCAGUGCUUUAAUACGCUCGAACGGGCAGAAAUGCUGCUGCUGCUUUUGCGACGUUUUCCUGAGUCGGUGGUUCAGCACGGGGUGGGCCUUGGUGAAAGUUUAUUAGAAGCAGAAAAUAUUGAAGACCAAGAAUCACCAGUUAAUUGUUACAGGAAGUUGUUUGUCUGUGAUGUACUUCCCUUAGUAAUUAACAACCCAGAUGUGCGGCUUCCUGCUGCCUUGUUAUAUAAAUACUUGAAUAAAGCUGCAGAAUUUUACAUUAAUUAUGUGACAAGAUCUACACAGCUGGAAAGCCAGUAUCAAGGUGCACAGGACACACCUGAUCUCUUGUCCCCCAGCAAGAGGAGCUCUCAGAAGUAUAUCAUAGAGGGACUGACUGAGAAAUCCUCUCAAAUUACAGAUCCCUGGGAACGGGUAUUCAAAAUCCUGUCUGUUGUGGGUGUCAGAUGUGAAUGGCAGAUGGAUAUGUCAAGAAGAAGCUUUGGUGACAUAUUGCUCAAAAUGAAAGACGUCUGUCGAUAUCUCGGUAACUAUGAUAAUGAAGCCCAUACAAAAUACAAGACCCAAGUGAUCUAUUCCACCAUGCUGGUUUUCUUCAAGAGUGCAUUCCAGUAUGUCAGCAGCAUCCAGCCUUCUCUCUUCCAAGGUCCAAAUGCUGCAAAUCAAGUCCCACUUGUUCUUUUGGAGGACGUGUCCAAUGUUUACGGUGAUACAGAUGUCGAUCGCAGCAAACACGUCCACAAAAAGCGGAAACUCGCUGAGGGAAGGGAGAAAACCAUGAGCUCUGAUGAUGAAGAUUCUUCUGGGAAGGGGAGAAACAGGCCUAUAACCAUCCAUGCAGCAGAGCUUCCGAACUCAGUUGAAGUCCUGGAGAGCUUUCGAUUGGCUCGGGAGAGUUGGGAGCUGCUUCACUCGCUGGAGAUGCUGGAUAAGGAAUUCACAAGAAUUUGCGUGUCGUGGAAAACGGACACCUGGCUGUGGUUACGGAUCUUCCUCACAGAUAUGAUUAUCUAUCAGGGCCAGUAUAAAAAAGCUGUAGCCAGUUUGCAUCACUUGGCAGCUCUGCAGGGGCCUCACUCUCAGCCACCACAGGCCGCAGGACAAGGGGCGCGAGAAAGCCAGCGAGCCCUGGUCCAGCUGGCCACCUGCCAUUUUGCCCUCGGAGAGUAUCGGUUCACCUGUGAAAAGCUCCUUGACCUGCUGUGCUCCAUGGCCCUGCCCAUCCCAGAGGGCACGAAACUCCAGGAAGACCAGCCAAAAUUGAAAUCAAAAUUCAGGAAAGUUUCAGAGCUCAGACUCUGGCCGUGCACCAGUGCAGCCGUCCUGCCAUAUUGCCUGCGGCUCCUGCUGGCUUCUUUCAAGCAGCUGCGAGCCUUCACAGACAACAGGGACGAUCUGGCCCUGGGUCACGUCAUUGUGUUACUCCAGCAUGAAUGGCCAAGGGGUGAAAACUUGUUCUUGAAAGCAAUCAACAAAGUCUGCCUACAGGGAAGCUUCCAGUAUGAAAACUUUUUCAACUACGUGACGAAUAUCGAUAUGUUGGAAGAGUUUGCCUACUUAAGGACCCCAGAAGGAGGAAAAAUUCACCUGGAAUUGUUGCCGAAUCAGGGGAUUUUAAUAAAGACUUCUAGCCCUCCGCUGGGGUUGCUGCAGCAGGAAUUCAUACCUGUACUCCAGCCCAGCAUACAGACUGCUGACAGGCAUCACACAGUGACCAGGGGAAUCACCAAAGGCGUCAAGGAAGACUUCCGCCUGGCGAUGGAGCGCCAGGUGUCCCGUUGUGGAGAGAACCUCAUGAUGCUGUUGCACAGAUUCUGCAUUAACGAGAAAAUCUUACUGCUUCAGACACUAACCUGAGCCCCAGGCACCAGCGCCAUGGAGAGCAGCCGAGCUGCUGUCUUGACACAGACCCUGGAGUGGUCGGCCUAAGUUGGCUCCCCCGAUCAGUACUUCAGUACAUCCUUUGUUUGCCAUUGCAAAUAAACGGACAUUUGCAAAGACGUCUAGAAUUCAAUAUUUGAUCUCUGUACUGGUUUCAAGGUGUUUGGUGGCCUGUGGUGCUGGGGUCAAGGCCAUCUGCAGGAGCCUAGAGGCCGCCUAGCGGAAGCUGAUGCUGAAAUAAAAACAUUGUUAAUCUUUAA